ACCACCGAUAGUUUACAAAAUUCGGAGGAAAAAUGUGGUUAGCACACACAAUAACAAACUUUUAGGUUAUGUUUUGGAGACAGGUGCACCAACUUAACGUCAUUUGAAAAUGUUAUGAGAUGUUUGGCUAAAAACAACCAUCACAUUUUUUUCAUCAACGAACAUGUCCAAAGCUUUAGGCACCGCUCUCGUGGGGGGCGGUACGGGCUUCAUAGGAAGUCACUUAUGUAAUGCUUUGAAGUCACAAGGGUAUGGCGUUACCGUCAUUUCCCGGAUGCCGGGUCCCCAACGCAUGACCUGGAACGACUUGAACCACGUCGGACUUCCCGAAGGAACAACAGCUGUGAUUAAUUUAGCUGGACAAAAUGUCCUAGACAUGAAACAGCGCUGGAACGCCGGCUUUAAACAAAACGUCUUCAACUCGAGAGUCAACACCACCUCAUCCCUAGCUAAAGCAAUUUCAAACGCGCAAAACAAACCCUCAGUUUUUGUGAGCAUAUCAGGAGUUGGAAUUUACAAAGCAGAUAAAGUCAGAGAAUAUGAUGAAGCGAGUGUAGAACCCGAGUUUGAUUUUUUCUCACGGCUUUGUCAUGAAUGGGAAAAGGCCGCCAAGCUUCCAAAAGGGCCUACUAGGCAAGUGACGAUCCGUAGCGGCGUUGUUUUGGGGAGAAACGGAGGGAUGAUCAAACAGCUCUAUUUGCCGUUCUUUUGUGGACUGGGGGGCCCUGUCAUGCCAGGUGAUCAGUACUUACCGUGGAUACACAUUGAAGAUCUUACCGGACUGAUUUUAUUUGCACUCAAAAAUGAUAAAGUUGAAGGGACCCUGAAUGGAGUGGCUCCACAAAAUGUCACAAACAAGGAAUUUUCAGACGCUUUUGCUAAAGCUCUGAGACGUCCGGCUUUUUUUCCCGUCCCUAAGUUCGUCUUGAAUGUUCUGCUUAGUGAAGAAAGGGCUAAUAUGCUGACUGAGGGACAAAAAGUCUUGCCAAAGAGGACAAUGUCGUUAGGGUUUCAGUAUAAAUAUCCUGAUAUUGCGUCAGCAUGCCAGCAAGUUGUUACAAAAGAGUGAAACUUAUUUAUUGAAAUGUUACAAAAAUUAAUAAAAAAUUACAAUUUAA